AUGUCGAGUAGUCCUGUGGCCGUCUCAAAAUGUCAAGCGGUACUGUGGCCAAUAUCGUAUAGACUUUCGACGUCGACAGGGCAAGCUGCUAGGAUCACAUGUUUCGAGUUGUGCAAGUUAUGCAGAAUCGGGCGCGGCAAUGGCUCGGGUACUCUACUUUCCGAUCAACAGUGCAUAAAUGGCCGAGAUGCACAAUGCCGUGUGCAUGGUGGGAGACUUGUGUCUGGCUUUGACCGCAACAGAAGGUCUCGCCCUGUUGUGCUAGCCCUCGCGGGAGGACCUCGUUUAGAUGCCCGUGGUGUUGUUCACAGGCGGCAGAACAGGCCAUAUGAGGCCGUAGCAAAUCCAGUACUAGGUUAUGCGCUGCGCAGCCACGGCAGCCGAACGUCUCUGGAGCAGCUGUCGCAUCUUGCACACGCGUAG